GCCGCCUACCGCAAGCUUCCCGUAGCCGAUAGAAUCGCGCCGUUACAACAUUUUACGAACUCCAUAAAAUAUUUUAUUACUCAUUAACACAUUCUUCCCGACUACUGUUUUAUUGUUAAGACUAGUGCUAGUGCCAAAAUUUUUUCUCACUAAAGCAAAUGUGAAAAUUUAAAAAAAUUUAACGCCAAAAGUAGCUUAAAACUAUUAAUUAGUUACUAACAUGAAUUGUUAGCUUGUUUGAAAUUUAUGAAAAAUGUUCAAUAUGUUGCCGGUUCGACAGCUAAUUUGGAUAAUCGCAAUAUUUUUCUUUAGGGGGAAUUCGUGUUGCGACGAAGAGUAUAGACUGAUCCGACACCUCAUGCAGAAGUAUGACGCGUCAGUGAGGCCUGUGGAGAACUCCUCUCAUCCUUUGCUCGUCACCUUUGGAGUCUCACUGCAUCAUAUUAUUGACGUGGAAGAGAAAGACCAGCUGCUGACGACCAACUGCUGGAUCACCCAGGUCUGGAUGGACUACCACCUGCGGUGGAAUGCCAGUGAGUUCAACGGCAUUGGCGUCAUCAGAAUACCCUACGAAAGGGUCUGGAAACCAGAUAUUAUUCUCUACAAUAACGCUGACCCCAAUUAUCGAUCCGCGGUCAUCAACACGAACGUGAUCGUGAAGCAUACGGGAGAGGUCACGUGGCUUAGCCACGGCAUCUAUGUGUCCGUCUGUGACAUCAAUGUUGAGCAGUUCCCUUUUGAUGUCCAGCUGUGCACCAUGAAGUGGGCUUCCUGGACCUAUGAUGGAUUCCAGCUCGACUUGAAGAAGCAAUUUGAUGAGGGGGACACGACGAACUACCAGACGAACGGAGAGUUCGACCUGGUGAGCUUCGAGGCCAUCCGCCACAACCAAUACUACUCGUGCUGCGUGGAGCCCUACCCUGACAUUACGUACGUCAUCAAGCUGAGGCGGAGGCCUAUGUUCUACGUCUUCAACCUGAUCCUGCCUUGCUUGCUGAUCAAUGGCAUUGCCUUGUUGGUGUUCUACGUGCCAUCGGAAUCUGGAGAGAAGGUGACCCUGGGCAUCAGCGCGCUGCUGUCGAUGACUGUCUUCCUGAUGACAAUCAGGGACACACUGCCUCCCACUGAGAAAACACCCCUUAUCAGUCUAUACUAUGGUGUGAGUACGUGUUUGGUGUCAUUCUCCGCAUCGUUAUCCGUCGUCACUCUCAAUAUAUCAUACAGAGGAGUGAGAGGGCAGCCGGUGCCGGGCGUCCUGCGAGAGCUGGUGCUGCAGCGGCUGGCGCGCCUGCUCUAUAUCAACUUCGACACCGACGCUACAAAGGGUGACAACGGGCUGGUGUCAAGUGGUCCCGGGGUCCAAGUGAACCCUCGCACCGGCUCCCGGCUGAAGGCAGACGUGCGCUGCGACGGCACCCCUCUGCCCCCUGCAUCCCCGCGGUUCGCCCGACACAACCACAACCAUAUGGGUGGAGCGGGAGCGGGCGCGCUGCCUGUCGAGCCGACAUGUGCGGCAACAUGUUCGCGCUGUGGAUGUUGCGGAUGUACCAUUCGGGAAGCCGCGGCGAGACACGAGCAACGUGUUGCUGCCAGCGAACGCAUGGAGCGUGCUAAUCUUGAAUGGAAACAGGUUGCUGUUGUGGCCGACCGCGCUCUCCUGGCUGUAUUCGUGCUGGUCACCACCAUAGCUACAGCCGCCAUCUUACUGCCCCAGCUCAACAACCUGCAUGUAGGAAACACGCCUCUGAAACCACCCACCUAGAGACCAUUCUCCCCUGCCACGUGGGACCAAAGACUGCCAACGAAUUAAUAUAAACAUGCCAACGAUCGAACAUUAUGUGUCAAAUAAAGGUGCCAAGCAAGUUUAAAUUUUGAAGACUAGUGCGGUUGAGUGCAGUCAAGUGUGAUAGACUAAGGCAGAGCAGGGGAAUAUUCUCAAUAUGAAAAAAGUGUUUUACACUAAAAGACAAAAGUGUUGCCAAAUCAGACUUUAAAAAAAUGUUGUAAAUGUUUAUUAAUAUAUAUAACAGUCAAUUAGCAUAUUCUUAUAUAUAAUAUACAUUAUUAGAUAACAUAGAUAACAUGUUAAAAAUUGUUGAAAAAAUUAAAACUUAGGUAGCAACAUAAGUAGAACGAAACUAAACGAAUACGUCAUUCGUUGAAGUAUUAAUCGCUAGCUAGUGUAUUCAUAAAUGUACAGUGAAGGGAAGAUAAAAAAAACCUAUCACCUAACACGAGUGUGCCAGACAGAUGUGUUUAUUACGGGAACAAAUUGUAAAAAUCACCCAAUCUCUAGGUGUGCCAAGAUUAUUUAUCAUCGAUUGUACUGUACGUAUAUGGUAAAAAUACCUACUAUCAACAUUUUAAAUGGUUUAAAAAGAAAUGCUAAUGGUAUGGCUAUGGUUAGGUUUAUAGUUACCUACUUUGUGUGUGUUUUUUUCUUUCGCUAGUCAAAGCGAGGUUUCAAUUCCACCUUUGCGUCGUCACCUGCGUUCCUUUUCUCCUCAUUCGCUAUCACCCUUCGCGAUCUUGUUCCCAUUUCCGUGAAAUGUUACUGCAGAGAUGAUAUUUUUUAGAUGUGUUUUAUUUGUCAAUUAUUUGGAUUUAUUUAUUUAAUAAAAGUGUAAUAUGUCGUGAACACAUGUUUAUUGAUUUUCAUUUUUCAUUUACUUACUUCAGUUCUUACUUUUUCAUGUAGUUAUUUACAUAGUUUUUAAAAAAGCGUUUGCUAGCGAUUAUGCGACUAGCUAAAUUUCAAUUUAAAUUUUAAUGAAUAUUGUUUACUCUGGAUAAUAUUUAUACUUCUUCGUUUUAAAAUAAACAGAUAUAUUCAACAACGAUUUCUAAAUUGUAUGUAAUAAAAGUCUUGUCUUUUAAAUACUGUUUUAAUAUUUCUACUACAAAUGUUGCUUAUUAAUGCGUCUCAGUAUUGUAAAGUCAAACGUGAGUUUUAACAAUAAGAAAAUAGUCGAAGUUCAAGCUAGUUGCCAAAUAAUUGUACUUCGAAUGUAUAUAGAAAUGUUAAAAAAUACUCGAGUAUCUGUAAACGUUUCAUUGUUGUACAUACUGAAA